UUUUUUUUUUUCUUUUACAGUGUCAUGGCUUUAUCCAAGAUCUUUCGAACGAAACAAAAAUUACGUAGAAAAGAUGCUCAACGAAUGUCAACCACGGAUCUUGAUACUUCUGGUAUAUUAGCACAGCCAUUCCCACCCAUGUUCUCUCGUGCCAAGUCACCUUGUGAUAUUUUGGAUUUUGUUGGUUACCCUCGAGUUCGACCUAUGGAACAACCACCUUCUCCUAUUAGACAGCAACCCACCUUCAUCGAUGCUCCAUUGACGAUUAGAAAUAAAACUCCAAGUACCGCAGCAAAUAAUAGUGGUGAUUCGUUUCCUUCAUCAACAACCCAUGACUUCUCUUGCCUUCAUAUGCCAACACCCAAAAAGGCAAUGGCUCCUACUUGGCGUAUCUUGAAUGCUGAUCGGACUGAAAAAACUCUGGUGAUGGAUCAUCAUCAAGACAAUAAGGAUCAUGGUAAAAUAGUAAAACAUAAGUUUGAUCAUGAAAAAAAAAAAGGGUAGAUUCAUUUUUUUUUUUUUUUAGCUCAUGUUUUACAACAACAGUUGAAGGAAAUUCGUCGUGAACGUGAAGCAUGGGCUCUCAGAGAAGAACAACGACGUCAAUUAGAAGAUCAAAUGUUACGAACCAUUGAAGCAAAUCAAGCAAAAAUCAACCAAUUAUCUGCAUCCUGUCCAGAUACCUCCUUUAGUAACAAACGAUCUUCCAAUGGAUCCUACACAUCUUAUCAACGGUCAACACCAUCUUAUAUCCAAGACGAUGACAAUGAAGAUGAUGAUGACAACGACAAUGAUGAUGAUGAUGACGAUGAUG